ACUCACUCUGCCCCCCUAAAACCCUGCGGAAAACCCCCACCAGGAGGAGGAGGAGGAGGAGAGAGAAAGAUGCAAGGCCACCAUCUCCGCCGUGCAGUUCGCCACCUCUCCGCUUCACUGUCUCACCUUAAACCUCACCACCGCCGUCACCCACCUCUUUCUCUCUCCUCCACUCCCAAACCUUACUCAUCCUUCUCCCCCUCCACCCCUACUACCUCAUUCAUUCAAAAUAACACCAAAAACAUUCCCAAAUAUGUUGUUACUGGGGCAAUUAAUCAUACCCCUAACCCCAAUUUAUGCAAUAAUCAUGAAAACAGUGAUCAAUUAUCUGAUCAUGAAGUUGGGUUUGAAGAAGAAGAAGAAGCUUCUGGGCAUAAAUUGACGGAGACGGAUGUUUAUGCAGCUGUUGAAUUAGCUCUUGAUUCUGUGAUUAAGAUAUUUACUGUUGCAAGUAGUCCUAAUUAUUUUCUUCCUUGGCAAAAUAAGUCUCAGCGCGAAACUAUGGGCUCUGGGUUUGUAAUUUCUGGGAGAAGGAUCCUGACUAAUGCUCAUGUGGUGGCGGAUCACACGUUUGUGCUCGUUAGGAAACAUGGUUGUCCUACCAAGUAUAGAGCAGAAGUAUUGGCAGUUGGACAUGAAUGUGAUUUGGCUAUCCUAGUUGUUGAAAACGAAGAGUUCUGGCAGGGUGUGAAUCAUUUGGAACUUGGAGAGAUUCCUUUCCUGCAAGAAGCUGUAGCUGUUGUCGGAUAUCCUCAAGGAGGUGAUAAUAUAUCUGUAACAAAAGGUGUUGUUUCCAGAGUUGAGCCAACACAAUAUGUACAUGGGGCUACUCAGCUCUUGGCAAUACAAAUUGAUGCAGCUAUUAAUCCCGGUAAUAGUGGAGGCCCAGCAAUCAUGGGAGAUAAAGUCGCUGGAGUAGCUUUCCAGAACCUUUCAGGCGCAGAGAAUAUUGGUUACAUAAUUCCUGUGCCUGUGAUAAAGCAUUUCAUAGCCGGCGUUGAAGAGCGUGGUAAGUAUGUGGGAUUCUGUUCUUUGGGUUUGUCGUGCCAAGCAAUGGAAAAUCAGCAGCUCCGAGAGAACUUUGGAAUGAACACUGGAAUGACGGGGGUGCUUGUGAGUAAAAUUAACCCAAUUUCUGAAGCUCACAAGAUUUUGAAGAGAGAUGAUGUUAUUCUUGCAUUUGAUGGUGUCGCUAUAGCCAAUGAUGGGACAGUUCCUUUCAGGAAUAGAGAGCGAAUAACUUUUGAUCAUCUGGUCUCCAUGAAGAAACCGAAUGAGGAAGCUGAGCUGAAGGUUUUAAGAGAUGGCAAAGAAUGUAACUUCUUGAUAAAUGUCCAUCCUUUGCAGCCACUGGUACCUGUCCAUCAGUUCGACAAGCUGCCUAGUUACUACAUAUUUGCUGGUUUACUCUUUAUCCCGCUGUCUCAGCCAUACCUCCAUGAGUAUGGAGAAGAAUGGUAUAAUGCCUCACCUCGUAGAUUGUGUGAACGUGCACUCAGAGAGCAGCCCAAGAAGGCUGGUGAACAACUAGUCAUAAUAGCCCAGGUUCUGAUGGAUGAUAUUAAUGCAGGGUAUGAGCGUCUUUCGGAAUUGCAGGUAAGAAAAGUGAACGGAGUUGAGAUCGAUAACCUAAGACACUUGUAUCAGCUUGUAGAAGACUGUAAAGAAAAGAACUUGAGAAUCGAUUUAGACGAUGAUAGAGUUAUUGUAUUGAACUACGAUAAAGCUAAGCUUGCAACUUCUCGGAUUUUGAAGCGACAUAGGAUACCUUCUGCCGCGUCUAGUGAUCUUGUUGAUAGUACUGAAGAGGAACAAAUUGUUGUAGCUGCAUCCUUGAACUGAUGUAUUCUAUUCCAGUUUUGGUUUUUAGGGUUUUUGUAUUUCUAUUGUAAUAUGAGAACAGAAAAUUUUAUUUAAAUGUUGUGUUGGUUGUUAUUCAUUCUUUCUCUUAUUCAAGCUUAUCACUUCA